GGUGAGCCACUUGAGCUGACUCAGUGAAAAGAGCCGGAGGGGAAAAAAAAAACAAAACAGUUUUAACACUCUUGGUCUCCAGGCUUGAUAUGAAGAAUGCAGUAUAGGACAUUGGCAGAGUUUUAACAGAUAUAUCCUGUCCAGUGGGAUGUACCUGAUACAGCUCGACCAGGAACCAGCCAGGGAGUUUUGGCCGAUGCUUUCCCACAUCACAGAGAGCAAUCCCAGCGAUCCUAGCAAUCCUAGAAAUUCCAUAGGUCCAUAAGUGACCAUACAUGAGGACAGGGAUAAAGACUGAUGAGGAAGCAGAGAGCUUCAUCUGCAAACUGAGCUCCUGCUUCACAACCACAUACCGGUGUGUCUAAAACUCGGCGCUGCAUUGGUGAAGCUCGACUGUCAGCUGGACAAUUCGGAUCAUUCCUAAGAGCUUUGUUUUUGCGGUGUGAUGGAAACGAGUUUCCUACCAUCUCUGUCUCUGACAUGGAGUCUAGUCGUACUGGCGGUCACUCUGUUGUUUAUUUACAGUGUUUGGCCGUAUGGAUUUUUCAAAAAACUGGGGAUCCCAGGACCGAGGCCUUGGCCCUUCGUGGGAACCUUCCUGUCCUACAGAAAGGGUUUUUACAAUUUUGAUACGGAGUGCUUCAAGAAAUAUGGAAAGGUUUGGGGGAUAUAUGAUGGAAGACUACCAAUUCUGAUGACCUUAGAUCUUGAAAUGAUCAAGGCUAUUAUGGUAAAAGAGUGUUUCUCUACCUUCACUAAUAGAAGGGACGCAAAUAUGGAUUUGGCUGGUCCCUUCGCUGAUGGGAUAACUGUAGUAAAAGACGAAAAGUGGAAACGAAUCCGUGCUUCGCUCUCUCCAUUCUUUACAAGUGGACGACUUAAGGAGAUUUUUCCUAUUGCUGAGAAAUAUGCAGAUCACUUUAUUGACCAUUUGAAGAAGAGAAACCCAAGAGAAGCAGUCAAAAUUAAAGAGGUCAUUGCUCCCUAUACGAUGGAUGUGGUCACCAGUGCCUCCUUCAGUGUUGAAAUCGAUUCCAUUAACAACCCUGACGAUCCGUUUGUCGUCCAGAUCAAGAAAUUUUUGAACAUCAACUUCUUCAGUCCCUUAAUCCUGAUAAUUACCAUCUUUCCCUUUGUUGUUCCAAUUUUAUGCAAACUGGGGGUGACCCUGUUUUCAAAAUCAGCUAUGGACUUUUUCUACAGUGCACUGAAAAAGAUCAAAGACCAGCAUAACACGAAUGAAAAAAGGCGAGUGGACUUCCUGCAGCUCAUGAUCCAAAGCCAAAUAUCUGAUGAGCAAGCUGAGAAAGCCGAUGAUCAACCAAGCAAAGGCUUGACCGAUCACGAGAUUCUUUCCCAGUCCUUCAUUUUCAUCCUGGGAGGCUAUGAGACCACCAGCACUACCCUCACUUAUCUCCUGUAUAAUCUCACAGUUAACCCCGACUGCAUGAGCAAACUGGUGGAGGAGAUUGAUAAAACCUUUCCUCUUGAUGCUCCAGUGACCUACGAUGCGUUGAUGAAGUUUGAGUACCUGGAAAUGGCCAUUAAUGAGUCAAUGCGUCUCCUCCCUACUGCUCCUCGUCUGGAGAGGAUGUGCAAGAAGACUAUAGAGCUCAAUGGAAUCACCAUUCCUAAAAACACUCUGGUCGGAAUUCCUACGUACGUUCUAAACAGGGAUCCACAGCUCUGGGAGUCUCCUGAAGAGUUCAGACCUGAGAGGUUCAGUGCCGAGAAUGACAUCAACCCCUACACGUUUAUGCCGUUUGGUCUUGGGCCUCGUAACUGUGUGGGAAUGAGGUUUGCUCUGAUGAUCAUGAAACUGGUGAUAGUGAAGCUGCUGCAGAACUUUAGUGUGGAGACGUGCAAAGAGACGCAGAUUCCCAUUCAACUCAAUGCUCUCUUUCAACCAAAAGUUCCGGUGACUCUGAAGUUCAUUCCAAGAACGCACAAAAAGGAAUAGUUCAGCAUGAUUUCAUUGUGGCUGUGAUUUUGUUUUAUUUCAAAGUGUGCACUGUAUGUUUGCAAACAUGAUGCACUAAUAACCACCUUUUCAAUUUAGUGGCACUUUAAGCUUUACUCUAUGGCUAUAUUGUGAGUGUUAAAUACAGCAAAUUAACAACACUUUUUUUUACAUAUUAUUGCUUAAUUGUAGAUUUACUGUCAGUAAGGGCUUUCAUUUCAGCUCACUUAAGGAAGAAUAUUUGCAUGAUUGGUCCAAGUAUUAAUCCAUAGGGAGAACACUUUUUUUUUUUUUUAGCAGUAUAUGCCAGUGCUCCAUAGAGGAUGCCUUUAUACUCUGUUUUAUACUCCUAUACUUUAAUUCAAUAAGCAUGGAGGAAAAACUUGCAUUAGUUUGUCUUUUUUUUUUUUUUUUUUUUUUGAAAGAGUCCAGCAAUGCCUAGGUAUUUUAAAGUGCAUCUGUCUGGCCUGUAAUAAUCUUCUCAUGGUCUCCAAAUAGCUUAUAGAGGAUAUCACUCCUAUUCUGUAACUUAAAUGUUUAAAAGAUUUGAUGAUACUAUAAUUUGUUGUGCCCCCAUCCAUACACAACAGUUGUGUAUUUCAUAGUUUGCCUACAUCUGAGGUACUGAAAGUUCCAGCAGAAAUUUUUAUAAAUGUUAUAAUGCCUCUUUGGAUCAAUUUCUUAUGCUAUUUUUUUUACCAUAUUAUUCAGAGGUGACUUAGACAUUCAUACUUUUUAAUAGGGUUAUUAAGGCCCGCAAGUUAAGAGAAGCACAGCGUAUUUUGCUUAUUACAUUAUGGGCUGUAAUGGAGUUGCAGCAAUUUCCCAAAAUUACAUUUUAUAGUAUUUAAACAAGGCUGCCAACAGCAAGGCCACUACUCUACUAAUUCUUUAAAGAGCUUAUUUGUUUAUUAACACAUGUUACACAAAGCCUGUUUUAUGAACCGUGCCAGCCGGCCUAGGAUCUAUAAAUUAUUCUUUAAAAUAUUUCUAGGAAAUAUGAAAGAUGGUGGUAUACUUGCAGCACUAGCAGGGUGUUGCAGCUGUCCUGGUGAUUCAUGAGCAGAAUUAAAAAUUAUUGCUUGUU